CUCUGCUGGCAGCUGUCAGAGCUUGAAGCGGUGAAAACACGGAGCAGCUCCGGAGGAUCAUGUGUUUGUGAAGAAGAAGAAGAAGAGGAAGAAGAGGAAGAGGAAGGACACAGAGUGCUGAUAUUGCCCAGCCCAUCAUCAACAUGGAGACCACCAACAGCUAUGUGUUGAUUCACGGGAAGAACAUAUCCCAUAAUUCCCUUGCAGGAACGGCUGGUGUGCCCCACAUGUCCAUAGACAAACUGUUCCCAGCUCUCCUCGAGUGCUUCGGUAUCAUAUUGUGUGGCUACAUUGCCGGCAGGGCCGAUGUCAUCACGGAGAACCAGUCGAAGGGUUUGGGGAACUUUGUGUCGAAGUUUGCUCUUCCAGCUCUGCUCUUCAAAAACAUGGUGCUGUUGGACUUCGGAGACGUCAUCUGGGCGUUUCUCUGGAGCGUCCUGGUCGCGAAGGUGACAGUGUUUGUGCUGGUGUGUGUCCUGACACUGAUUGUGGCCGGUCCAGAAAACAGGUACAGCAAGGCCGGUCUCUAUGCCAUCUUUGCUACACAAAGCAAUGACUUUGCCCUGGGAUACCCUAUAGUUGAUGCUUUGUAUCGUAGCACAUAUCCAGAAUACCUCCAGUACAUCUACCUGGUCGCCCCGGUCUCCCUCAUGCUCCUCAACCCCAUCGGCUUCGCCCUUUGUGAGGUGCAGAGAUGGAAGCAGAGCAGUCAUCCGCAGCAAAGCACCCUAGCCAUCGUGGGAGUUGUGGUCUUACAGGUGCUGAAGAACCCAAUAGUGUUCAUGGUGAUGGUGGGAAUCAUCUCUCACUUCGCUCUGGGUCAACGGAUCCCUGCUGUGCUGUCGCAGUUCAUAGACGGCCUGGCCAACUCUUUUGGAGGGGCAGCCUUAUUUUACCUCGGCCUCACGAUGGUUGGUCAGUUAAGAAAACUCACCAGAGACACUGGUGUGGCCUUGAUUCUCCUCAUCACAGCCAAACUUCUGGUGAUGCCGCUGGUCUGUAAAGACAUGGUUAAUAUUCUGGAUGUGGGAGUGAACAGUACCAAUGCCAACCACACCAGUUUGUCCAACUUUGCUUUCUUAUAUGGAGUCUUCCCAACGGCGCCCAGUGUCGCCAUUUACGCUUCACACUACAAUAUGGAGCUAGAGGUGGUCACGUCAGGGAUGGUCAUCAGCACGUUUCUCUCGGCGCCGAUCAUCUACGUGUCGGCCUGGUUGUUGACGAUCCCUCUGAUGGACCCGACCCCCCUGGUGACGGAGCUUGAAAACGUUAGCUUCAACAUUAGCAUCAUCAGCCUUGUAGCACUGGUGUGGACCAUAGCCGUGAUGCUGCUCAGCAGGAAAUUUAACAGACUUCCUCACCUCUUUGCCUUAAAUCUGUUCCUGGCUCAGUUCCUGGUGUGUGUCAGUAUGAUCCUGUGGAACUUCUUGGUGAAACAAGACGACAACCUGGUCGGCAAGAUUCUCACCUUCACUCUGCUGUACGGCUCUUUGUACAGCACCUACGUUUGGACGGGUCUAAUCCCUCUGUGUCUGGCCCUGACUAACAGAGACGAGCUGCUGAGGCUCCGACCAGGAGUCUUCAUGAUUUUGGGUUGGGGGGUCCCCUUCCUGGUGGUCGGAUGUCUCCUGAUAGCAGGAGAACGGACAGAUACCAUGGACUCUGCUUUCUUUUAUGGCAGAGCUCAGAUGAUCAGCACAGCGGUGGUGCUCGCUGUCAGCCUGGUGCUCGGUGCAGUAUCUCUGAUGGGGCUCAGCCAGGGAGACCGGGAGCAGAGAGGUUACGAGGUCCUGAGCAGAGCUGCUGCAACCGGACCUAUCGAUGAGCUGAUGCCCCCUGGUGGCUUGGAGGAUCCACAACAGCAGACACAGCUGCCGAAUUCCCCCGUCGGCAGCAUCAACUCAGACCUCCACAGCUUCUCUCCCGUUCAGACCCUGCCUGACAUGAUAGCCAGCACGCAGAGGGAACACACAAACCACACAGACCACAGUGGGGCGCCGUGCGACCGGCUGCCGACUUCCUCCUCAGAGCAGCCGCUCAACCUGCCGCCGCCCGGGCUUCAACCCACCGAUGAGAAACAGACAGUCAGACACGUCCUGCUCUGCCUGCUGCUCAUCGUCAGCCUGCUAGCGAACCUGUCCAGCUGUCUGUGGUGGCUGUUUAACGAUGAUCCAGGAAGACUUUACCUCGAGCUCCAGUUCUUCUGUGCUGUGGCCAACUAUGGACAGGGUUUCCUGUCCUUCGGGAUCUUUGGUCUGGACAGACACCUCAUCCUCUUGCCCUUCAAGAAGAGGUUGCGUAACCUGUGGCAGGGCAGAGACAGUGAGGAUUUGAGUCCCUCAGCUGUUCCAGAGGACGUCAGACUCACUUGCACCCAGUUCGUCCGCUACCACAAAGACCAGUGUGUCCAGGACGUAGUGCACACUGGCAGGUUUGGUGGAGGAAGAGGGCUGGAGGAGGAGGAAGAGGAGGAGGAUGGGCUUCCGAGAGCUUCCCCCUCCCGUCAGCCCCCGCACGCACAUCAGGAUCUUCACCAGAUUCACCAAAACCCCGAUCCAGCUGAAUCCUGCAGCCAGUACUCACCCCCACCCCGACCCACGCUCGAGCCCGAGACCGAACACCAAACUAAUAUCCCUGACCCCGAUAUCCCAGAGGAGCAGAUUCCCCAGCUCCCCUCCAACGAAGCUCACGACCCAUCGACUCCUCAGCACCAGCAGGUUCCAGCUCCGUGCCCAUCCCGUCCACAGCCCCGUCCCGAUGGUGUGUUCCGGGGCAGCGACCUGGUGGACUGGCUGGUGGAGAGGGGACUGUGCGCCGGGCGAGCUGAGGCCCAACUGUACGGAGAACGACUCCAGAGGGGAGGAGUGUUAGAUCAGCUGACGGGUCUCCACAGCUUCAGGGACGAGGUUACACUGUGGUACCAGUUCACACAGGGGGGAGGGGAGGGGCGGUCCCAGGACACGUGAGAGGAAGACGAUGGAGAGGAGGAA